GGCAAGCUGCAUUUAAGAGUUCGCGCUUCCGGUCUCCGGAUCUCCAGCGCUCGCCUGCGCGACUAGUCUUCUUAACCGAAAGUGUAGUUUCCCCGAGUUAAAAAUGUCGCUGUUUAUGAACGCUCUUGCUUUCAUAUGCAAAGUCCUCACACUGCCGCUGUUCGUUGGGGAGCGGGUGGGACUUUUGUCUUUCUACAAGCGCCUUUACCCCCGACUUUUGAGUAGUUUCACGAUAGCGUACAAUGAGCUAAUGAAUGACAAGAAACGGGAACUAUUCCUAAACCUGGAGCGAAUUCAGCCCUCCAAGGGCUCUUUGCGCAUCCUGGAGGUGGGCUGCGGAUCUGGGGCGAACUUCGAGCACUACCCGACGGGCUCCAAGAUCACCUGCACAGACCCCAACCCGCAUUUUAAUACAUACCUGGAGAAAAGUAUGGAGAAGAACGAGCACCUGGUGUACGACAGCUUCAUAGUGGCGUCGGGGGAGAAUCUGCAGGCAGUGGAGGACAGCUCGGUGGAUGCUGUGGUUUGCACUCUGGUUCUGUGCACGGUCAAAGACACCAACAAAGUUCUGCAGGAGGCAAAAAGGGUCCUGAGGCCUGGUGGAGCAUUUUUCUUCCUUGAGCAUGUGGUGUCAGACCCUUCAACCUGGGCUUACUUUUUUCAGCAUGUUCUCCAGCCAUUUUGGUACUAUCUUCAAGAUGGCUGUGAAGCAAUCCGUGCUACAUGGAAGGACAUUGACAAUGCUGGAUUUUCAGAUGUGAAACUACGGCACAUUCAAGCUCCUCUGUUUUUUAUGAUCAAACCACACAUCAUUGGUUAUGCAGUAAAAUAAUGAAUACGAAUAAUUUCCCACUACCUCCAUAGAAAAAUCUUCCAAAGAUUUUCUCAAGCACGUUUUCCUUCAGCAAGCCCUAGUCAUUUCACUUACUUUUAAGUAUGUUUAACCAAAAACAAAAGAAAAAAAGGAAUGUUUGUUCAACAAGUGAAGACUUAACGUGGUCAUAAAUGAAUAUAUUUCUCAUGAUUAACGGCUUGGACCUUGAAACUACACCAUGCGUCACGACUUAGUAAGUGGAUAAAACAGGCCAUUAGUGAUAAUUAUGUGAAGUUAAAAGAGCCACACUGCCAUCUAUCAGUUUGGAGGAAUGUGUCAUUCAAAUGAAACUCAUGCAUUGCAUAAAUGUGAUUAUUUUGCCUUCAUACUAAAAUAUUGGUUAUAGUAGCAUUAAAACAGUUUACAGAAUUAACUAUAAAAAUAUUCCUAUAUCGUCCAAUUCAGAUCCUAUUCUUUUAACACUUUGUGACCACUUAUUUUCUUUCACACACAGAUUUCCUUAACACAACUCAGAUUGAGUGAAGAAAUCUGAUCAUACAACAUUUUUAGCUGAUAACUAAAAUACAACACGUUAUUCACUAGAAUUUCUUUGACAUGAGAUUUUAAAAUAUUAGCUUAUAUUUUCAUGCGGUCAAAACAUACUUAUACUGCUAUCUUUUCAAUUUAAAAGUCUUCUGCCGACGUUUUAAUGCAACAACCAAGAUAUCACGUUCCCUAAAUAUAUUGCAACGUUUCUCACAAGCUAACCUUGCUUCUCCUAUUUGACCAUCUGAGUGGACUUUUUCAAGGGCCUCCAUGUAGUCAAGCAAAAGAACACUGGAAUUAAAAGGGGGAAAAAACUAAAACAAUGACAGAUAAAACAAUUAAAGGCUGGAAAAAUAUUUAUUUAGAUUCACUUUACCUAAAACAAGUGACAUUGUAUGUUUUGUUUUUCAUCGUAUGCUCCCUGAUUCGAUUGUCGUGUAACAGCUUGGCUUAUAAACAGUGGUAAGCCUCGGGUCUAUUACUCAGCUAAAAGCCAACACGGUCCCAACCCAAGUGUGUGAAUAGCUUAAAGACCAGUUAGACAUAUUACCAAGGCUUGGACUAAAAAGGUUUCAAUUCUACAUGAUUAGUCUAUCAGUCCACAAUAAGGCUUAAAAUGACUUAAUGACUUGAAUGUUACCAAUAAUAGUAAAGCUGAAAGUCCUCACCUUAAAAUCUGCUCAGUCUCUGUAGAAAGUGUCUCACUAAACGUAAAACAAAAUACGGAAUGGGGAUAGGAAUGCCAGAGCUUCCUAUAAAGGGGUACAUAGCACAAAAUAAAUGCAAAGAACACAGCUGCAUGACUUGAAAAAAAAA